AUGACACGCAACAAAGCCGUCGUUGCAGAUGAAGAGAAUGCCGCAGCAACAGCGGAUGCAUCCAACGAAUUCAAAGACGAUAUGGAUCUUCAGGAGUUGAUCAGUCAAUUUACGACAGAAAACGAGAACGCCGACUCUCAGGAUCGGCCGGGAACGACGGUCAAAUUCACAGCUCAUGCCCUUCGCCAAAUUCAAACUGAAUCCAGUGGCGAGUGCCCUAUUUGCUGUGAGGAGCCCAUGGUUGAUCCCGCUGUCACAGCAUGCUGGCAUAGUGCAUGCAAGAAAUGUCUCGAAGAUUUCUUACAACACCAAAUGAACAAGGGCACCGAGGCACGAUGUUUCAACUGCCGUGCACCUGUUGAAGCAAAGAACACAUUCGAAGUUGUCCGACAUCCCUCCUCCCACACACUACCCCUCAGCGAAAGCACCAUGACCAGCACUCCACCGACCGGCUCACAGCCCGCUCCCAAAAUCUCUCUUCGUCGUAUAUACCCCCUCUCCCCUUCCGCGCAUACCUCUGCCAAAAUUCAUGCCUUGAUUUCCCACCUGGGUCGCAUUCCUCCAAACACCAAAUCUGUGGUCUUCUCUCAGUUUACCUCCUUUCUUGAUCUCAUAGGUCCUCAACUCGCCCGAGUUGGAAUCAACUACCUCCGCCUCGAUGGCUCAAUGCCUCAAAAGGCACGUGCCGCAGUCUUGGCGGAGAACUGUUCAAGGUGA